UCUGCCAUCAGCCUUAGCGUUAACGUUACGUCGACGGCUGAUUUCCAAGAAUUUUACGAAGCGUUACGAGGUGAGUUUGCUCACCGACGCCGCGCGCGAAUAUCGCCCGGUGAGAAUGUAACGGCUGUAAACGUCCUAUAAUUAUUGCGAGUCAAUACGAGGAUUCUGAAGGGGGGGGAUGCUUUUUGUAUUACACGAGGUAACGAACACGACAAAUACAAGAGAGACUGAGAGAGCGAGAGUGAGAGAGUGAGAGAUAUGUUCGUUUUCCGAAAACGGCCGCCUCUUCUCUCGGGUGCUUCAUUCGUCGGUACGCAGCUACUUAAUUGGCAAGUAGGCGCGAAGAGAUGGGCGCGAAUAUUAAACGAUAGGGAGGCAGAGAAGCGCCCAAGGUCGAUAGGAGGAAAACGAAGAGAGUCGAGAGAGAUUUGUAAUAUCGCCGCGCCAGAUUAUAUAUAACCACUAUUAGCCGUAUGUACUUUAUUGGAAUAUAUGAAUUAUUAAUGAAGAGAGAAAAAGUCGGAAAUAAAGAGAGAGGCUAGUAUGGAACAAUCGUGUCGGCCUCGUUAUUCCGCCGAAACCCGUUUUCGCCCACGAGCGGUUCUGCGAGGAAGCGAGAUCCACCGAGCCUGCCGGCCCUUCGUCAUCGUUUAUUUUUCGUGUCUCCGUUCGCUCGUUUCAUUAAUCGGGUUCGGAUCUCUUCCCCGCGCGGGAGAGGCUUCGCGCUGUAAAUUGCUGUCCCACCCGUCGAGAAUAGAACUUUGAAAGCGCCCGCUGCAAAUUCCGCCGAUAGAACAGCUGGCGGAAUUACAACAGAGCCUGUUAACAGAACGUAAUGGCGGAUUGGCUGCAGAAUCUGUCGUUUCGUAGCCAUUUAAAUGUUUACGCGAGAUUCCGUUUCAUUUCUGUCGAAAGUCCACUGUCAAGAAUACGGCUGCUUUGCUUUUGGGGAACGCGAAUCGAUGCACGUUAACACACUCGAGCACAGUCCAAUGACGAAGAUUUAAAGAGAAAGACUAAGAAAAGAUUCUAUCUUUAAGGCGUGGUAUCACAUUUGUCGUAUGAUAAAUGUUUCAGGCAUGUUGACUGGUUCCGGGAUAGUAAAACUCUCGAGUGUCUCGAAAUUUUCUAUCCUGCAGCCAACCAACGUUCUUAAAAAUUGUGUCGUACGACAAAUGUAAUCCCUAGUAGCACAAUAUAUUAAUUAUUAUCGUGCAAUAUUUCCAUUUGUUCCGUGGCCAAUAUUGGUUUUACAUUGGGCGAUAUUGGCCAAUGCAUUUCUAAUGUAACCGACAUUGGUUUAGCCAAUGCAUUGUGCUACUAGGGAAUACCAGCCUCAAGAUAGAAUCUCUAAAGAUUCGAAAUACCGCUGGUGGAUGCGUUCUUCGGUCAAAAGCACAGCCCGACUCUCCUCCCGAGUAGAGUCGAAAACCGGUAUUCAUAGAUCUUAUAUUUAAGACCGUCUUAAGGCUAUCGUAAGAUGCCGUAUGGAGCAUUUCACUGGCUACGGAGUAUCUAAAGAUGAUCUUAAAUACAAGCUUUGACUAUGAAUACCGCGCGAAGAAUGUUGAUUGAGUUCGAAUUAAAUUAAUUACAAAUGGAAAGCGACGCGUGUCGAUUUUUAUAAAAGAUGUCAACUGUGUUCCCAAAAGGGUAAGCAGCCUAUCUCGGUAGACCUCUGCUGAGCGGGAGUUUAACGCGGACAGAUGAUGCCGGAUUUAUUGUAACAAGCAAAUGUGCCGCUCAUCUAUAUGCCGCGGGCAAUUUGCUCAUUGGGCCUGUAAGCUCGCGAAGCUCCCGGGCUCGAGAAUGUCACCUGCGCUCGCUUAUUUCUGACGGUGUAUAUUUCGCAGGUGAUAUCGAUCAAAUACGGCGGUUCCUGCACGUCGCGGGGACACGCACGCGGCACUCGACGCCAGGCGAAGACGCUCAGUUGAGUAUCCUCGACGACGGCGGGACGGACAACCGUCGGGGAAUAAGAAGAAGGGAAAUCGCGUCGCGUCCGAUAAUAUGUCCGAGCAGCGAACGGAUUCGCGGGACUCGAGACCGGCGACGUCCAAGAGAUCGGAGAGGCCGCCGUUCAAGCUGUGUUUCUCGAGGGACCAGCAGAUCGGGAGAUCCGACGCUUGCGUGUCGAGAGCGAACGCGGACUUCGUCACGCCGAAAUUCUACUCGCGGGAACUCGAGGACGCGCGAAAUGCGGACGUAAGCGACACGCUCGAGAGACUCGCCGCGGAGCAAGAUAAGAACCCGAGGGGGCUACACCAGUCGCCGCUAUUGACCAGCCACACUUACGGUUGGUGGCACGACAAGGGGAUACGCCCGAAGGACGCGCGGCUUGACUUUCACAAGAGAACGUCCGACCUGGUGAGCUUCCAGAUGAGAAUUUACGCCGAGGAUCGAAAGCUGAAGGGCCUCAAGCAAUAAGCGGGACCCAAGUCAUUUCUCGGCUGCUUUACUCCUACAUUAUUAACAGUAAUUUAGUGAUAACCGUCUAAUAAAUCGAAACGUUCUGAUCAAGAAAUACUUGUUAUUACAAGCGUGUCGCUCCCGUUUGUAAAAAUGUACGCACGUGGACGAUACGUGCAAAGCGCCUGCAAUGCGUCGAGCUCGGUAGACGCUUUGCUAAGCUCAACCGUUUACGCAAAUAUGUAACGCGAGAUCUCGUAAUCUCAGCUGAUUUGGAAACUCGACUUCCACUUCUUUGCCAAUGUGUAUUAGCUUUGGUUCUUAAUUCAAUUCUUUAAGUUAAUCUAAGUUGAUGAUGGAAAUGGACACAAGUCGCAACGACGUGAAAUAAAAUAAUUUCACCAACGUAGCUGGAUCUACCGCACUAGAGAGACUCCUACGACUUACAAUUAGUGUCGUAUCGAAUUCCUUUUCGUCGCAAUUGCCAAGUACAGAAAGUAACUACAAUUAACGUUACCUGGGAAUUGUCACGUCACAUUUCAACAACGUCUUGUCGAAGCGCGGAUCCGCGUAGAACGGCUAGAUCCAAACGGUGAGUCGAAAUAGGAAAUUAGAACACUUGUGACCAACCGCAAAUUA